AUGAUGAAGUCGUUCCUUUACGCUGCUGGUCUCUCGCAGCUGGCGCGCUCGGCGGCUGCUCUGCCCCUUGCGGCGCAGGCGUCGGUGUCUGCUGCCACGUGCAACGGCACUUUCAACGCCAUUACUGCGCAGCAGUUUGUUGAUGCUUUGAACCCGGGCUGGAACCUGGGCAACACGCUUGAUGCCGUCGAGGACGAGGGCGACUGGAACAACGCGCCCGUCACCGAGGAUACGUUUGACGAUGUCAAGGCUGCUGGAUUCAAGGGCAUCCGCCUUCCAGUCACCUGGGCUUACCACUUCACUUCCGAGUCGCCCGACUGGACUGUCGAUCCCGAGUGGCUGCAGCGUGUUGAAGAUGUGGUUGACAUGAUCACCGCCCGUGGUUUCUCCACCAUCGUCAAUGUGCACCACGACAGCUGGGUCUGGGCCGACGUGUCUGCCAGCGGAGCCAACUACACGCUCAUCGAGGAGAAGUUCUACAGGCUCUGGUACCAGAUCGGAACCAAGCUGGCCUGCAAGUCGGAGCUGGUCGGUUUUGAGCCCAUCAACGAGCCGCCGGGUACCACGGCCGAGCACGGCGCGGAGCUGAACAAGCUCAACAACAUCAUGCUCCAGGCCAUCAACGACGCUGGCGGUUUCAACCCUCAGCGUGUCGUUACCCUGCCGGGUCUUGGUGAGGACAGCGUCAAGACCAGCACGUGGUUCGAGCCGCCGAGCGCGAACUUCAGCAACCCGUGGGCGAUCCAGUACCACUACUACUCUCCCUACGACUUCAUCUUCAGCGCCUGGGGUAAGACCAGGUGGGGCUCGGACGACGACAAGGCCACGCUCGAGGCCGACAUCGCUAACAUCCGCAACAACUUCACCGACAUCCCGCUCGUUAUCGGCGAGUGGGCGGCCUCUCCCGUUGCGACCGAGUCUGCGGCACGCUGGAAGUACUUCGACUUCAUCAUCCAGAUGGCCAACAAGUACAACACGUCCACCAUCCUCUGGGACAACGGCAACGACUUCCUCGAUCGCAACACUCACUCCUGGCGCGACCAGAGCGCCAUUGACAUCUACCUGAAUGCAGUCAAGGGCGUGUCCAACUCGCUGCCCGACAGCACUGAGGACGGCCAGGCGACAAGCCAGUUCACAUCGGCGUACAUCUGGCACCAGGUGGGCACGCCUGUGACGGCGCAGAGCCUGCCCUUCCUCUUCAACGGCAACACUCUUUCCAGCGUCAGCGUUGGCGGUAACCCGCUCGCCGAAGGAACCGACUACUCGGUCAAUGGAACCAGCAUCAGCUUCACCCAGUCUUUCCUUUCGCAGCACGUGUCCGAGGAUGCGGCGGCCGGCGUCAAGGCCAACUUGACACUGUCCUUCUCUGCCGGAGCAGAUAUUGAGGUCCAGAUCGUGCAGUGGGACGUGCCCACCCUCGGCAGCGACAGCUCCACGGCGGCGGCGGCGGACACGGGAUCUGACUUCUUGAUUCCCAUCACUUGGAAGGGUCUGAGCAAGCCGGCGACGGUCAAGGCUCUGACGGUCGACGGCACUUACCUGGUGGACGACUGGACGCAGUACCUCGGUCCGCUUGAGCAGGCGCGCGCGACGUACAGCAACCAGUGGAACUGGGACGCCUCGAACGUCAUCCUCACCAGCAGCGCGGUCAAGGCCGUUGUGAGUGCGGCCAAGUCGACUACUUUCACGCUCGAGUUCUACCCGCGUGUGCCUGGCAAUGCGGUCAACUUCACGCUCACUGUUUGA